AUGUCUCUGGAUCUUGAACAGCACCUCACCUUUUAUGGUGCUUACCACCAUAACUCGGUUAAUGUCGCCAUCCACAUGGUUUGCGUCCCCCUCAUCCUCUUAUCGGGGUUCUGUAUGGCCACAUACACCGGCACUCUCAUUCCUACACCAUCUUGGAUCACUCCCCCCUAUCUGGAUCUCAACCUUGGUGUCAUUGGUGCCAGCCUUUAUUCCUUGCUCUAUCUGCUCCUAGAGCCCUUUGCGGGCUUCCUUCUGGCUCUUUUCUGCAUGGGGGGUGCAGCACUUUGCAACUACCUCCAUCAGCAAAACCCUGACACAACUUUUCAGGGUGCUCUGGCUAUCCAUGUUGUCUGCUGGAUCUUCCAGUUUAUUGGUCAUGGUAAAUAUGAAGGGCGUGCCCCUGCCUUGCUCGACAACCUCAUCCAGGCUAUCUUCCUUGCCCCUAUGUUUGUGUGGCUUGAGAUACUCUUCAAGUUCGGAUACCGACCAGAGCUCCGAUCUCGUGUCAACAAGAAAGUCCAGGUCGAGAUCGAUAAGUUCAAGUCAAAGAAUGGCAAGGCCCAAUAG